AUGGGAAAGAGGAAGUCGAAAUCAAAGCCGCCACCAAAAAAAAGAAUGGAGAAACUUGACACUACCUUCACCUGUCCAUUCUGUAGCCAUGGCAGCAGUGUCGAAUGUCGCAUUGAUAUGAAGAACUUGAUUGGGGAGGUAAAUUGCAUGAUUUGUCAAGAGAGCUUCAGCACUACUGUUACAGCACUGACAGAGGCCAUUGACAUAUACAGUGAAUGGAUUGACGAAUGUGAACGUGUGAACAACCUUGAAGACGAUGAUGGUUCUUAG